AUGAAAACCCCAGUCCCCAUGCCAACAGCUCGCCAAGCGGAGUUGUAUGAUCGGUACAUGCAAUAUAUCCGUCUCGAACGCGAGGGCCCUCCGAUCGAAGUAUUGAAGGCGGCCAAAGCCCUAGUCAAGGAGGAAGGCCUUAAUCCCUACCAUGCCGCACGCUUGCACAUGAAACUGGCCGAAAUCCCCGAGAUUGGAUAUUAUCAUGCCACAGCGGGCGUCAAAACUCUCACACAGCUGAGAAAAACCGAUGACAGUAACUACAUUAUGACGGAGUUGCAGGAGGCAACAAGAAUCAUGAAAGAAAGGGGAACGGUCGAGAAGGUCUGGUUGGGGAAGUACAGUGAAAUGACAUCGGAAUUCAAAAAGGCGGCUUUACGAAAACGUUAUUUGGAUUACUUUUCCGACCUCGAAAAGGAUCAGCCAUCCCCCGAGGGAAAGGAAACAGAGGAGCAGAAUCCUUCCAUGCUUGACUCCACAGUUAAAAAGGCGAGGACGACCGAUUCGGGCGGUGAGAAGGGGGACAAGGAGGACAAGGAGGAGAAAGAGAGGGAGAGUUUGUAUGAGGACGCAUGGGCGUUUAUUGCUUUGUGA